AUGCUCCGGAUACUUGAUGAGGAUUUUUCUAAAGACAUUAAAGAUUCUGGUCAUGAGGGAGUAGUUCAACAAGAGGAGCAAGAAGAUAAAGAGAGAAGAUACCAUAUUUCUCUCACGGAUAUUUGCACUGACAACCUUAAAAAUACUAGCUUUCAACAAUCUGGAUUUUUAAACAAUACAAUAUCAUUUGCUUCUCAUAUCGUAAAGUGUAGCUCUCCAAUUUCGAGCUUUGAUGAAUCAAUAUCUACUGGUCCACUCGGAACACAUUCACGAAUGCAUAUAUCCCAAGGUCAACACACAAUAAACCCUAUUUCGGAACAUAGCUUUUACAAUGUGCCUGAAUAUAUUUCGGAGCAAGAAAAGCAUAUUUUUUCAGAUUCGGAGCGGUUCUUAAGGUCAAAAAAUAAAGAUGUAUGCAGUAAUGAGAAUGACUAUGUGCAUGAUGAAUUUACCAUGCGGAAAUACUAUCACCCUCUCUUUGCACACGGAGUUUGCCGGUGGCCUGGUUGUGAAAUGGACCUAGAAGAUAUAACAUCAUUUGUAAAGCAUCUUAAUUCGGAACAUGGAUUGGAUGAUCGGUCAACUGCUCAAGCUCGUGUACAAAUGCAAGUUGUUUCUCAAUUGGAAUCUCACCUACAAAAAGAAAGAGAUCGGUUGCAAGCUAUGAUGCACCACUUGUAUCUGUCUAAGCAACUUUUAUCGCCAACAAAGGCGGAUCGAAAGGAUAUAUCCGGAAAAGAUGGAAAUUAUUGCAGAAUGACCAGUCCACUUACAAUGAAUAGUUUAGGACGCACAAUUCGACAAUCAAAUUCUCCGAGCUCUAUUAAUCUACCCAUGGUUAAUUCAACAAACUUGUGCACAAUCAAGAAAAGAAGUAUGGAUAAAACAGCGUUUUCAAUAAAUGGUGGCUUGCCAUAUAUGCUAGAGAGAGCUGGGCUUGAUGUACAACAAGAAAUACAACGAAAUAGGGAAUUCUACAAGAAUGCUGAUGUACGACCUCCUUUUACUUAUGCGUCUCUCAUAAGACAGGCCAUCAUUGAUUCUCCAGACAAACAGCUAACACUGAAUGAAAUAUAUAAUUGGUUUCAAAAUACUUUUUGUUACUUUCGUCGUAACGCUGCUACUUGGAAGAAUAACGAAGAUAUAGAACUCGGAAUGCAAUUAACAAUUGUUAAAACACGAUUACCUGAAACAUAUUAAUUCUGAGAAAAUACUAAAUAUCAUAAAUUCUACAUGGCUAAAAGAAGACACCUACGAGAUCUUAAUAUCUUCCAACAUUCCUAGAGAUAGUACAAAUGUCCCUAUCUAAAAAAAUUUCCCAUAUCCGGAUGAGCUAAAUAAUAUAUUAUCAGAUAUAACAUAUGACAGAUGAAGACGUAUUUAUUACAGAAAAUAACUGAUGAAAAGAAUCUUAAAGCAAAGAUUAGAUAUAUACUGAUUUGGAAGAAUAUUUCCCUCAAAUACUCAAAUAAUUAAGUUUUUGUGCUGAUAUAAGAGGAAAGCAGUCUGUAUAUUUUUGUUUAUUUGUGACCUCCUCAUUGCCAUGGAGCAAGGGCUCGCCGAUAUAGCUCUAGUCCAGGAGCCCUGGAUUGCGACAUGCAACUCAGUGGCCAGACUAAAGUUCUCAAAUCACAAUUUGUUCUACUCAACAUCAGAACCGUCGUACUCCAACGAAAGGGGAUCCAUGAUUACCUUAUGUCUCAUUAUAGCACGGGUGACCUGAUGGUUGUUGGGUUUCGGGAAAGUGAGGAAAAGCGCCUUCUUUUAGCUUCCU